UGUGUUCCAUGAAUCACGUCCGGUCUCUCCUCUUAAGCAAACCUCCAUCAGCUUGGACUCAGUUUCGAUUCUUAUUGACUUUCUCCUCCUUCGCUCUUUUUUUGUCAAGUUGUGAACCAUCUUUGGAAGCAGUUCUAUCAGGCAGUGAAGAGUUUUCCGUGUUUCCGUGCCGAUUUUGGUAGAAUCAUUAGAUUUGUUGUGAAAGAGCAAUCUGAAAUCUAGGACAGAACGCUCGUUCGAAUGGGAGAGGAGUUUUUGGAGGAUGCGCCUCUUCCGGCUCUAUACGAGCGGGCUUUACAGCUGCAUAACCUUUCGACGACAUCAACGCUAGAGCCGGAGCAAGUAAGACGAGCUUGUGCUUUAUUAGAGUUAUGUCAGGAGAAAAUUGACAGGCUGGGUCUAUUUUCGACAAAUGAAGAGAAAGAAGAUAUAUCCACCGCGGAUUUGAAAUAUUUUCUGGUUCCUUAUUAUCUAGGUGAUUUUACUGAGAAGCUAGCAUCAUCUGAUCGAUUGCAAAUCGUGAGGGCCUCCCAAUCGAAUUUGAAAGCAUUCAUACGUAAUUGUGAUAACUUGAAUCUCGUACCUGGAGGAGAAUUGGAAGCUUUGACCAGGGAUACUCCUGCCAAUGCCGAGACUAGGAGAAGUGAAAAAGUGGCCCGUUUUAAGAGGCAGAAAGCAGCAGAGUCCAAGCUGCAGGAGAUAAAAGAGAGAAGGGAGCGUCGGAGGCGUUCAACGCAAGCCGCCGCAAAAACCUCCAACGUAGAGCACGGAGAAGAAGAUCUACCAGAUGAAGAUGACGAGGAAGAACGAGAGGCUCAGUUCGCGCAGAUCUCGUAUCUCUUGUGCAAGGCGUUUGACCUAGUCGAUAUGCUCAAAAAGGAAGAAGACAUGCUAGUUGCUAUUCAAGAAGUGCAGGGCAAGCUUGGAAAUGAGGCCCUGACUAAAAGUAUUCUUGACGAGAGACAAGCAAAAGCAGAGUCAUGGCACAAGGAAGCUGCAUCUAAAGCAAGAACAAUUAGAAACCCAGCACUAGCAGCCGCAGCGUAUGGCCAAGAUGUUAUAGAGGGGAGAGCACCUGUAAUCAGAGAUAUAUAUCAUCAACCGCAGCUGCAACAACAUAGGCCGUUACUUUUUGGACCCGCUAGUGUCAUUGACGGCAGCAUGUCGACAGAGAGAGAAAGAAUGGUGGCUGAGGUCUUCCAACCCACCCACAGGCUGCCUACCAUGAGUAUAGAACAAGCUGGUCUAGCCGAAAUGGAAAUGAUGACGAAGUGGAACGAACAGAAUGCAAAGAUGCAAGCAGAGGCGAACACCUCCUGGCAUACGGAGAUAAGAAAGAGACCCGAUGGAGAAGAUGACAGCGAUGAUGAAGGAGCGGAGUAUAAAGCCAGGGCGUGGGAUGACUGGAAAGAUGAAAAUCCCAGGGGAGCCGGAAAUUCAUCUUCUAAACCUGUCCGUUGAUCGUCUACCAACUGAAGAUAUAAUAUCACCGAAGGCAUAUACAUCUGGAAGGUGGAGUUGUCGGAACUAGAUUGGAAGAAGACUUUACCCGAUAGGAGCUAGAGGACGACAAAGAGACCUAAUGGAUAAGAUCGUACCAGUUGUUUUAUACGUGAAUGGUAUCGUUCAUACAUAGUUGCAGUCAUUUUUCUUUCUAAGCGAGGUCAAAGGCUCUGCUGUAACCGUUUGUUGAAUAUCAUCUGAAUCUAUUAUACGAGUUAUCAUCCACCAUAAAUCGAUGUUGUGGAUUCUGAACAGAAAUCGUUAGCCGGGUGCAAUUGUGGUCAUCGUAUCAUUCAACCAGGGAAAGGUUGCACAUUGGGAUUCUAAAAUCUCAGGUUUUAAUAUUUUACACAAACUUAAAUUUUCUUAUGUGAGUUUGUGACAUCUUAUCAAAAUCUUAGUAAGCAUAUG